AUGGGGUUUUUGAAGAUCGUCAGGAAGACCAAGCAGAAGGAAAGGGAGAUGAGGCUGCUCAUCCUGGGGCUGGAUAAUGCGGGCAAGACCACGCUGCUUAAAAGUUUUGUGGGAGAGGUACGGAGGAGGUUAGUCCCACCUCGCUUCAAUAUCAAGACCCUGGCCUACCAGGACUUCAAGCUCAACUGCUGGGACGUCGGAGGGCAGGCCACCAUCCGCUCGUACUGGCGGAACUACUUUUAACAGACUGACGGACUCAUCUGGGUGGUCGACUCCUCCGACAAGCCUGAGGCUGCAGAACUGCCGCAACGCAGCUGCACGACCUCCUGAGGGAGAGAAAAACUGAUCGGCUCAACCCUCCUAAUUUUCUGCAACAAGCAGGACAUCGAAGGCGCGCUGACCCCCGAACAGAUAAAGGAUUUCUUGGGCCACGAGAUAACAAGACGGCAUUGGGGGACUGAUUCGUGUUCCGCGAAGACAGGUGAAGGCCUGCUGGACGGGGUCGACUGGAUGGUCAAAGACGUGGCCUCAAGGAUAUUCGUCAACCAGUGA